AUGAGAUACUGGGGUUGCUAUCUUGCGCUCUUUGGCUCAAUUGCACACACAAUAGCACACAACUCUACCUAUUUUAAUCCUGUCCUUGCCGGCUGGCAUUCCGAUCCCUCGUGCACUGUUGUUGAUGAUACCUUCUACUGUGUUACAUCGACUUUCAUAUCUUUCCCCGGGCUCCCUAUCUACGUUUCCAAAGAUUUAGUCGACUGGAAGUUAGUGAGCCAUGCCUGGAAUCGUGAAAGCCAGCUUCCCGGUGCCAGUUGGGGCACCCCAGACCAGCAAAACGGUAUGUACGCAGCAACGAUUCGGCAUCACGACGGUGAAUUUUUUGUCAUUUGCCAGUACUUGAAUGCACCGGAAGGCAACAUCGGCGUCAUAUUCAAGAGUUCAGAUCCUUACAGCAAUGUUGCUUGGAGCGAUCCGGUACGAUUCAAGCCCUCAAACAUCGAUCCUGACUUGUUCUGGGAUGACGAUGGUAAAGUCUAUUCGGUAAUGGCGGGAAUCACACUUCAGGAAAUUGAUCUCGAGACUGGCGACCUGAGUCAACCGCCUCUAAGUGUUUGGAAUGGCACCGGUGGAACAUAUCCUGAAGGACCUCACCUUUAUAAGAAGGAUGAUUUGUACUACCUCAUGAUCGCAGAAGGUGGUACGGAGCUCAACCAUUCAAUUACAAUUGCACGAUCACGGAAUAUCAAUGGUCCAUAUGACAGCUACGUCAAUAACCCUAUCCUCACUGCUCGAGGUACGGACGGCUAUUUCCAGACUGUCGGCCAUGGAGACCUCUUCCAAGAUCAAAGAGGCAACUGGUGGGGAAUGUGCCUCUCCACACGUUCUGGUCCAGACUGGAACAUCUACCCUAUGGGACGAGAGGCGGUACUCUUUCCAGCAACCUGGAACAAGAAUGAAUGGCCAAUAUUGCAACGUGUAAAGGGAAAAAUGAAUGGAUGGCACUUGCCACCGCGGAAUCGCGAUAUUCCUGGAACGGGACCUUUCAAUAACGACCCUGAUCGAUAUCGUUUCUCUUUAAAUAGCCCAAUCCCCUCCAACCUUGUUUACUGGCGUGUCCCGCGUCAGGGUGCCUUUGCUACCUCGAAUAAUGGCUUGCGGAUAGUACCAAGUCGAAGCAAUUUGACCGGCGUCAUUCCUACCUCAAAUUCGGAGAUAGACCUUGCAUUGAGUGGUCGACGUGGUCUCUCUUUCAUCGGUAGACGACAAACACAUACCACUUUUGACGUUACUGUUGACCUAUCUUUCUCCCCUAAGGAGAUCGAUCAGGAGGCUGGUGUUACCAUGUUCCUCACCCAGUUUAAUCACGUCGAUCUGGGCCUUGUUCUUCUUGAAAAUGGCGAUUCUGCUACUUUAAGUCUCUUUCUUCGCUUCCGAGCUAUCAGUGGAGGUUCCACUGUCGACUAUUCCAUGACGCGAGUGCCAGAAGACUGGGAGAACAGUCCUUUGCGUCUCGAGAUUCAAGCACAUAAUACAACUCAUUUCACGUUUUCAGCUAUGCCAUCGUCCGAGCCCCAUAAAAAACUCACAGUAGGUGCUGCUUCGGGGUCACUACUAAGCGGGCAUACAGGUCCAUUUACAGGAAGUCUGAUUGGCAUGUUUGCGACCUGCAAUGGAGCAGGGGAGAACACAACCUGUCCAGAUGGGGGUAAUGCUUAUUUCCAAAAUUGGAAAUACACAGGAACAGCGCAAUAUAUAUCCAAUGAAACAGCUAUCUAA